AUGACAUCAGAAUUUUUAAAUCGUACACAGAUAUGGGUGGAGAGCCUGCAGAGGUGGCACCUCGAAUUGUUUGUCAUCCCUACCUCUGUGAUCACACUUGCCACUCUGCUAACCAACCCUGUUCUCUUGGUAUGCAUCUUUCUGUCCCGUGUCUUGCGUCAGGAGACGCGUUACCUGCUGGUGGCCAACACGCUGACAGCAGACAUGCUCUUCCUCAUCCUCAACCUGGCCACAAUGAUUUGCAACGCUGUGAGAGCUGAGGUGUCCUGGCUAGUUUGUGAGCUGGUCACAGCUGUCACUGUUACUGCCUACUGCUGUGCCAUCCUCACCGUCACCCUCAUGGUGGUCGACACCUACACUGCCGUUCGCUGGCCACUCCGUUACCAUGACCUUCUUCCGCCUGCCCGUGCCCACUGCAUCCUGGUGGGGGUGUGGGUUCUGGCAGCCAUUUGCCCAUUCACCCUGGUGAUCAUGGUUGAGAUGAAGAGGGGAAACCCCCACGAAAAGGUGGCUGUAUGUCUAGCCCUCAUCUCCCUGGGCUUCAUUGAGUUCAACGUGAUAGGGAUUCACAUCUACUUCUUAGUAGCAGCACUCAUCUGCACCUUGCUCAUUUUUUACUGCUACAUUCGGCUCUACAUGGUGACGAGGGCCCAGGGUAUCUGGCAGAGCCGCUUCUCUCGGGCCCGCGUCACACUGCUGGCCCACGGGGUUCUACUCCUACUCUACUUUGCCCCCGGCUUUGUUUUCACCCUGGAGCUCUACCUGUUUCAGCGGACAGACAUAAGUGAAGAUGUCCUUGUGUGGGUCAGCACAGUCAAUAUGUGCGUUUUUAUGUUACUGCCCAGGGCGUUUGCUCCAUACCUGUAUGGGCUGAGGUACAGGGAGAUCUCUGAUACUCUUGUGCAGCUGUUGAAUCGGCACAGACUCAGCCAGAUCACAGUAGCAUAA